UAAACAGAGGAAGGAACCAGCUAGCAGUAGUCAAGUUUGCUGAUGACAGCUCCUGGAGCCGCCUUGCAUGUAAAAUUUAAAGGGACGCUUAAAUGACAGUCGUACAACAUUACCUGAAACGAACGGGACUUGUUUAAAGUCUGUGUGACAGCGUAGGCGGCUAUGGGUCUCUGCAAGUGUCCGAAGAGAAAGGUGACCAAUCUAUUCUGCUUUGAGCAUCGUGUAAAUGUCUGCGAGCAUUGCCUCGUCUCCAACCACAACAAGUGUAUCGUGCAGUCAUAUCUGCAGUGGCUUCAGGACAGCGAUUACAACCCCAACUGUACUCUGUGUAAUCAUCCACUGACCGCUCAAGACACUGUCAGACUGGUCUGCUAUGAUGUGUUUCACUGGUCCUGCCUUAAUAACUUGGCAUCUCGGCUGCCCCUCCAUACUGCUCCUGCAGGAUACCAGUGUCCCACCUGUCAGGGUCCGGUGUUUCCCCCUUCCAACCUGGCCAGCCCAGUUGCUGAUGUGUUGAAAGAACAGCUGUCAUCUGUUAACUGGGCGAGAGCUGGUUUGGGGCUGCCGCUGAUUGAAGAGCCCAUUGGGGUCCUUGAGGAGACUGCAGCAAAUGAUGUCACUGAUUAUACGGACUGGUCCACAUUUGAUGCACAAGAACAAAGUAACGUUUACCCCAGCCGCUCAUACAACGCCAGCCUCAGCCCACCACCAAAUUCUGUCUCACCUCCAGGACAGGAAGACCUUGCAGGUUCUCGUAAAAAUGGGGAUUCAAAUAUGCAGGAGCACUCUGUGGUCAACUUUACUACUGCCACUACCUGUGACACAAUUACAAUACACACAGCAUCGUCACCAAGAAAGAUCUACGACACUCGGGACAUUGGUCACAGCUCCGUCACACAGAUUGACUUUGACGAUGACAAAUACCGGCGACGACCAACGUUAAGUUGGUUUGCUCAAAUUCUCAAAAAUCGCACAGGUGGAAAGCGGACGUCUUUCUCCUGGAAACAGCGGGUCUUCAUGCUUCUCCUGGUCGGAGUUCUUGGAUUCUUUACGUUGAUAAUCAUCAUGGCUAAACUUGGACGGGCCUCUGCUGGCUCAGAUCCAAAUUUAGAUCCUCUUCUUAACCCCAACAUCCGUGUGGGGAAAAACUGAUAACAAGCAUUGAUUCCUUCUUUUCCCUCUGUGUUACACAAUGUAAGUCUGUGUAGACUGAGCUGAAACGGGACUGUCCACUUCAUGGUUAGCCCAACAGAGGGAGCCGUGUACCCAACUUGAAUGAAAAAGAGAGAGAGAGAGACACUGUGCCUCUUUAGAAUGGAGGCAAUGUCUGGCUCUGUUCAUUUCAGACAGUAAGAACAUGCCAGGUCGCUUCUCAGACUCUAAAAUAAAUUUGACAACAUUCAAGAGCUUUCCUGUGACCCAAGCAAAACACCCGGCAAACUCCAAAGGUGACCAACGCCUGGUGCAUAUAGACAAAGGAAGCUAAUGAUGGAGAGGGGUAGUAUUUAUAUUUACAGUUACAGCUAACAUGUGUUAGUUAUCUUUGGAAGUUGUUUUUUUAAGUUCAGUAGAAGCUAAAUAAAUACUGUCAUUGUUGAAAGAGAGCAUUUUCGCUGGCAGAAAAGUCAGAAUGUAUAUAAUCAGCAACAGAACGUUCAAUAAUGUCAGCACGUUUCUCAUUUUAUUCCACUUGCUGAUUUGAUUGGAGUGGCCUUUUGCAUUUCUGCUUUAGGGAUGGUGUUGCCAGAACUGGAAUCAAAUAUACCCCACACAUAAUUAAUACAUAACUAUUUAAGGGUGUCUGCAUUACUUCUGAAAUCGAGUGCAUUGCUUUUAGAGUUGCCAUACAUACUGUAUGUACAUUUUCCUGGUGUUUUUUGACUGUCUAUUAAAUGGGAAUACUACAGAAUUUCAGUAUUAUAAUGGUUUUUAAAGUCCAUGAGUCAUGACCAUUAUCUACUGCUGUACUCAGAUAAUAUUGAGAAGAAUUUUUGAUAUGUCAGUUGUGUUACGCACCUUCACUGAGAAUAAAUCUGUCUUAAAACAUAAAACUAUAUAUUACUGUUGCACAUUUGAGUGUGAUUGCUCAAACCAAAAUGUUGUUAUUCCAUUGCCCCGUUUGCAUGAAGCAGCUGCUGACUGUGAGCAGCACAUUGAUGGUUUCACAGACCAGUGAUAAUAAUAAGAUGCCACACAAUAGAUCCAGUGGCUCUCUCUGUACUACACUGUAAAUUGUUGCACUACUUUUCUAAACAAUAUUUGCAUUAAAGUGAUGAUAUUUCUGAAUAAUUACUUAAAAACAACUGGAUGGAUGAUGGCAAGUAGACACUUUUUUUUUCUCACUGUGGCAAGACACAAGUAUGUGUCCAUUAAAAAAACUUUCAAAGAUAAUGCAGUUUGUACCUUAUUUCUAGAGGUGGCAGGUAAAAGCAAAUGUUUCAUUCCAAUGAGUUAAGCUUAGACCGCCUCUGGAUAACUACAGUGUGGUGCUGUGAAUACAAACUCUGUACAGUCAGAAGUGUGUUUGUAGUCGAGCAUAUGACUCACGAUCAGUCUCUGUUAACACGUCCUGACUAACAAACACAAUGACUCACUUGUUGUCAACGUCUUGUUUGUACUUUGAAGGGGCAGUUCAAACUCCAGGGAAAUGUGUUUUUCAGAAACAGAUUGGGAAACGAUGCAGUGGUGAAAUUCAGAAAAAGAAAAGUGUAUUUUUGGAAUUUCCUUUGUGCAUAGGGUCAUUA